GACAAUAUUUGUAAGGAUUGUCUCUUUUAUCUCUCUUUAGUAGGGCACCUGUUGGCAUCUAAGGAAGCAACUUGAUUGACUAACACAAUGUUUACAUGUACCCCAGAUGGUUUCCUUAACUCUGAUGAUGUUAUUCAGAUCAGUCAUUUCAGCGAGGCAUUAUAAUGUUACAUCGUUAAUGCCUGCAAACGGUUUUAAAAAGUCCUCUUUCAGAUGAUGAACAGAGAGCAGAUCGUUGCCUGCCUGCCAUCUGCAGGUCUGUCCGCUGAGGGGAUCGAGGAUCGGAAGGGAUUAAUCACCGCAAAGCUUUAUCCCCCUUUGUAGAUAAUUACAUAACCGUGUUAUACAGAAAAAAAUCAUCUCCGGUGAACCGCAAGCACGGACGAGGAAAUGUGCCAACUAUCCGGAGACAGAAGCUUAUUUGGCUCGUUGUGCGUCGACUCGUCAGGGGAGAGGAUCAUCUGCCCCCGCUGCCACUGAGCUGGGCUCCUCUUCUUCCUCCUCCUGCAUGCGUGUUUCUGAGGGGACAUACAAGAUAGUCCAGUGAGAGACUGGGUGCAAAAGACGCGCCCACUCCUUGUUGCGCACUGGUAAAGAAAGUAGGUUAUACCUGCUGUGCAUCCAGAGAGGGUUUUUCUUUUCAUGGGAAGGAUACGGCUACACUGUUGCUAAAAACUCAGUAUAUCGUGCAGAGAUGGUUCUCCAAAGGAUUUUUCGUGCUGUUAUUAUGGGACCUCCGGGGUCGGGGAAAGGAACCGUGUCUGCACGCAUUACCAAAACUUUUGGGCUAAGCCACAUUUCCAGUGGGGACAUUUUGAGAUCCAACAUCAACAACAAAACCGAGCUGGGUCUGUUGAUGAAGUGCUGUAUUGAUCAAGGUCAGCUGGUACCUGAUGACGUCAUGUCCCGUCUCAUCCUGCGUGACCUGAGAGUGAUGGACCACAGCAGCUGGCUGCUCGAUGGUUUCCCUCGUACAGUACCCCAGGCCGAGGCUCUGGAUGACGCACACAGUGUGGAUACAGUCAUCAACCUCAAUGUACCUUUCCAGACCAUCAAACAGAGGCUCACUUCACGCUGGACUCACCUUCCCACCGGCAGAGUCUACAACGUGGAUUUCAACCCGCCUAAAGUCCCUGGUUUGGAUGAUGAGACAGGGGAGCCUCUGGUCCAGAGGGACGAUGACACACCUGAUACGGUCACACUGAGACUGAAGGCCUAUGAAAACCAGACAGAGCCCGUCUUAGAGUACUACAGGAGUAACGGUGUGCUAGAGACCUUCACUGGGACAGAAACCAACAUGAUCUGGCCGCACGUCGAGGCUUUCCUCCACAAAAAACUCUUCUCCGUCAAACAGAAAGUUGCAUAGAAGAAAGCCUGAUCAGGAAAGCACAAGAAGGGGUAAAGUUCACCAGCAGAAACCACUCUGUACUCACAUCGUCCAAUCAGGUGCCUCUUUCUGUAAAACAAGAGCUAUCUGUGCAAUAAUAUAUUCUGAAUGUUCAAAGUGAAGAGCUCAUAGAGUGUGUCAGGAAGUGUUAGUAAGACAACAGAUGUACUUGGAAAAGCCUCCACUUUUGCACUGUUUCAACAAUGCUGUUGACAUUAGUUAAAAGAACUCCUAACAUGUGGAUAUAAAGUACUUCAAAAAUGGUAUUGUCUCUUUAUAUAGAAAUGUGCCUUUAUAAAGCCAGGAGACUUUAAUGAAACAGAUAUUAGAAAAUCAUUGUUCCUAAAUAAGAAGUUUUAGUGUUUCUAAAUGCAAUCAUUAAUAAUUUUCUUAGUUGAUGAAAAGAAUGGGCACACACAAGAUAUUUUUAGAGACAUUUCAUUUUUUUGAAUCCUUUGAAAGCAAUAUUGUAUGGGCAUUUUGCCCUGGCAUAACUGCCUUGGGGAUGUGUUUUAUGCCGUGGGAAAAUACUAAAGGGAACUGUGCCAUGUUUAACAAAUUACUGUCAAUUCUCUUUAGCAUUUAAGUGCCUCUUUCCGCUUGUGGAAAUGUAACAGGUAUUUCAGUGAAUGUAGUUUGUAAAUAAUUCUUAGAUUAAGGACCAUAGAUUGAAUAAUGUAUAAACCAAAUGUAUUAUUUGGAAUAUUUAAUUAUUUUAAUUAAACAAUCAUGUGGCAGCUUCUUUUGACCACCUUUAGUCUUAAAUACACCCCAUUGAUUCCAUGUUAACCAGACAUUCCUCAUGACAACCAAUUCUAUAAAUGUAUACUGAUAUUUGCCAUUAAAUGUGUCUUGACAACUGACAACUUAAUUGAAAUAACAUUCAAACAUUCAAGGUUGAUCAUCAGUUCUGUGUUACGCAUGUCAUCAUGUUAAAAGCCACAGAAAUGCUAAUGUGUCCUGCAAAUGUACUGUAGCCUCAUUUAUGCAGUGAAUGUGUCCUGAAUUGUACUGUGUAUUUCUUUAACACUUGAAUACAAUGCUAAAAAGCACAUCCUCUUCAUAGACAACUGUGUUAUGAGUUGCAUUAAGAAUCACAAUAAACCUGACGCUGGUUUACUGAA